AUGAAAGUGUCUGCACGUAUCCUAGUGGUGUGCUGUGUGGUUCUUGCAGGUUCCGUCGAUGGGGGUGUGCUGCGUUGGUGGAACCGUUGGUGGAAAUUCCAUCACCAUCCAUUCGUCAGCUCCAGUCUCAUCUUCGAAGACUGCGGCACAAAGUACGAUGUCAUAUCUAUUAAUCUGUCCAGUUGUGCAACCGCACCCUGUACGAUGCAUCGUGGAGCAAACAUCACCGUGAAGGCUGAAUUCAGCUCCAACGGUGCAACGACGGAUAGUGUGCUUAAGCACGAAGCGUACUUUAUACUGAACAGUGUCAAGACGAAAGCCGUUAUCACCCCGACCACCUGCGAGGGCAGCGUCUGUCCGCUGCAGGGAACGCACGGACUACUGUUCUCCGCUAACGUCUACGUCAAUGCGGAUCUUCCACCGAUUAAUGGAAAGCUUCGCUGGGAGUUAAAAAAUAAAUAUGGUGAUAUGCUGCUCUGCUAUCAGCUACCCGUUUGUAUCCAGUAG